UGGUACUCGAUCUACCGGGAAGACAGCUUUUAUUUCCCCGUGCAAGAAAACAAGACGACGUGUCCACUCGGGGAGGUGGAAAAGAAAGCGGCGCAGCUCAUCGGGAACUACACGAGGGACCACCCGCUCUUCUUGCAGCUGAAGGACUACUUUUGGGUGAAGACGCCGUCCUUCUACGAGCUGCCCUACGGCACAAAAGGAAGCGAAGACGUCCUCCUGCGCUUGCUGUCCAUCACUCACUACUCCCUGCCCGAGAGCAUCCAGAGCUUGAAGUGCCGGAGGUGCGCGGUGGUGGGCAAUGGCCACCGGCUCCGCAACAGCUCAAUGGGGGAGACCAUCAACACGUACGACGUUGUGAUCAGGUUGAACAACGCCCCGGUCCAUGGCUAUGAGCAGGACGUGGGCUCCAAGACCACCAUGCGCCUCUUCUACCCCGAGUCGGCCCACUUCAACCCCAGGACAGAGAACAACCCCGACACAUUGCUGGUGCUGGUGCCCUUCAAGCCCAUGGACUUCCAGUGGAUGGAGGCCAUCCUCAACGACAAGAAGAGGGUUCGGAAAGGGUUUUGGAAACAGCCCCCGUUGAUCUGGGACGCCGACCCGGAGCAAGUGCGUGUCCUCAACCCAUACUACAUGGAAGUAACUGCUGCUAAACUGCUCAACCUCCCCAUGAAGCAACCACGGAAGGUCAAACAGAAACCCACCACAGGGUUGUUGGCCAUCACCUUGGCGCUACACUUCUGCGACCUGGUGCACAUCGCCGGCUUUGGCUACCCUGAUUCGGCCAACAAGAAGCAGACCAUUCACUACUACGAGCAGAUCACGCUCAAAUCCAUGGCU